UAAGUAUCUUGCAAAAGUUACAAUUUGUCAUAUUUUUGCAGUAAGUCGAUAAGGAAACUUGCAGUAAUCAAACCUUUUCACACUUAACACAUUCAUCAAAGCGCUGGAUAUAGAAUAAACAAAAUACAUAAUCAGAAUAGACGAUAAAUGCCGACGUCGGUACUAUUCCGCUUAUAAAAGUCUCAGAACAGUGUGGUGUACGUGGCAAUCAGCAAUUUGUUUAUACAAAGUUUUGGAUACAUUUGAAUUCACACCAAAUUCUCAUUAGAACUUUUUUUAAAAUGUGUGGAAUCUUCGCUUAUCUCAAUUACCUCACACCACGCUCAAGGCAGGAAGUACUUGAAUUGCUAUUAAAUGGCCUUAAAAGAUUGGAGUAUCGAGGUUAUGACUCAACUGGUCUAGCAAUUGACGAUCCGGAUGUGGGCGUUGAAAGUCAUAACAUUAUAAUUAUACGCCGCACAGGAAAAGUUAAGAUUCUGGAGGAUGCGGUCGCUGAAAUAUGCAGUACGGAGGCUUAUAAGGAAUCCAUUACUACUCAUAUUGGUAUAGCACACACUCGUUGGGCUACCCACGGCCCCCCUUCUGAGACUAACUCUCACCCUCAGAGUUCAGAUAUUGAUAACAGCUUUGUUGUUGUGCAUAAUGGUAUUAUAACGAAUUACAAAGACAUAAAAAAACUGCUUGAGAAACGUGGCUAUGUAUUCGAAUCCGAAACCGAUACUGAAGUAAUUGCGAAAUUAAUUCACCACUUGUGGCGCCAACAUCCUACUUAUUCAUUCCGUGAGCUUGUCGAGCAAGCUAUUCUACAACUAGAAGGUGCAUUUGCUAUUGCUUGUAAGUCAAAACAUUUUCCGAGUGAAUGUGUAGCUUCACGACGUGGUACACCGCUAUUGGUUGGCAUUAAGUCGAAAACACGCCUGUCCAUUGAUCAGAUUCCUAUAUUUUACGCGAAGAAACAGCGUGCUCAUGGAAAAACACUGCCUGCUGAAGUGUCAUUGCCACCGCGUUACGACGACACACCAGCCGAGUAUCAACCAUUGGAGGGUAAAGAAGUUGAGUACUUUUUUGCUUCGGACGCUAGUGCAAUUAUUGAGCACACCGAUCGUGUUAUAUACCUUGAAGAUGACGAUGUAGCAGCAGUUAGAGAUGGCGCAUUAAGUAUUCAUCGCCUAAAAAAAUGCUUGGAUGAUCCGCAUGCGCGUGAAAUUACUACAUUGAAAAUGGAAAUUCAGCAAAUUAUGAAGGGCAACUAUGAUUCGUUCAUGUUAAAGGAAAUAUUCGAGCAACCCGAAUCGGUAGUUAAUACAAUGCGUGGGCGCAUGUUCUUCGAAACACGUACUGUAGUAUUAGGUGGAAUAAAGGAGUUCAUACCGGAGAUAAAACGUUGCCGCCGCUUAAUACUUAUAGCUUGUGGCACAUCAUAUCACAGUGCGAUAGCUACCCGUCAACUGCUGGAAGAACUUACGGAGUUGCCAGUCGUAGUAGAGCUUGCUUCGGAUUUCAUGGACCGUCACACUCCCAUUUUCCGUGAUGAUGUGUGUUUCUUUAUAUCACAGUCUGGAGAGACAGCUGACUCGCUGAUUGCUUUGCGUUAUUGCAAACAACGUGGUGCGCUUAUUGUGGGUAUAACCAACACUGUGGGCAGCAGCAUUUGUCGCGAGUCGCACUGUGGCGUGCACAUAAAUGCCGGUCCUGAAAUAGGUGUUGCCUCAACGAAAGCAUAUACGUCGCAAUUUAUUUCACUAGUUAUGUUUGCACUAGUUAUGUCAGAAGAUAGACUUUCGCUGCAACCACGACGUCUUGAAAUUAUACACGGUCUAGAGAUACUUGCCGAUCAGAUCCGCAAGGUACUACAACUGAAUUCUAAAGUUCAAGAGCUUGCUAAGGACUUGUAUCUGCACAAGUCACUUUUAAUUAUGGGACGCGGCUAUAAUUUUGCUACAUGCCUAGAAGGCGCACUAAAAGUGAAGGAAUUGACGUAUAUGCACAGCGAAGGUAUAUUAGCGGGCGAGUUAAAACAUGGGCCUAUUGCAUUAGUGGAUGAUGAGAUGCCAGUAUUGAUGGUUGUCAUGCGAGAUCCAGUAUAUAUGAAGUGUAUGAAUGCUUUGCAGCAGGUAACUGCACGCAAUGGGCGCCCAAUCAUUUUGUGCGAAGAGGGCGAUGAGGAUACGAAAUCAUUCUCAUCGCGCUCUUUGGAAAUUCCACGUACUGUGGACUGCUUGCAGGGUAUACUCACAGUCAUUCCCUUGCAACUGCUAUCCUAUCACAUAGCGGUGCUACGAGGUUGUGAUGUGGACUGCCCGCGUAACUUAGCCAAAUCAGUAACAGUGGAGUAGUGGAGCAGUGAACUCGUGAGUGCAUUAGAAAGCGUUAACCAAAUUCAAUCUACAAUUUGUACAUACGAGUAUGUAUGUAUUUUAGUAUAUAUAAAAGUUCUUAUUCCUAUAUUAUAAAAAGCAUUUUAAAGUAUAUACAUACAUACUUCGAAUUUUUAUUUUUAUGAUAAAUGCUUAAGACACGUAUUGAGUCAGAGGUAUUAUGUAUUUUAUUUAAUCUAAAUUAUCCUAACAAAUCACACAACUAUAUACACAAAAUAUUAUGUUUGUUAAUCGCAUCCUGUUAUACACCAAUAUAAACAAAAAAAAAAUAAAGAAACUAAAAAAGUCUUCA